GGGUCCUUACAGCUGAUCACGUGAUGAGUAGAAGACGGGAUCAGCUGUGGGUAUCUGACGAUGUGAUGGUGGUGGCACUGCCUACAGCUUUUAUAUUUGCCUUCUAUUGUGUCUCUUGCCUUUACUCAAUAUAUAGAGUAGCCAUGGACCCCCGCCACAGUGCCCAAGAUGUCGUCCGAUGUGACCUUUGUGAGACAGCUAUGGUACAGAUGUACUGUGAUUUCUGCAAUGUCAACUUAUGCUUUGCCUGUAUAGGAAAACACAUUGCUGAUGACUAUGACAAACACAAAGUGGUCCCAAUCCAAAAUCGAAAAUCUACCUUAAUCUAUCCAAAGUGUAGUACACAUCAAAACAAAUAUUGUAAAUAUCAUUGCAAGGAAUGUAACAUGUCUGUCUGUUCCUUGUGUACUACUAUAUCUACAGAUAAACACAAGGGUCAUACAUUUUCAGUUCUUUCUGAAAUCUACAACAAAAGAAAAGCAGAUUUUACAAAAGAUUCAGUGGAGAUAGAAAACAUUAUUUUUCCAACAUAUGAAGAAAUGGCCACCGAUUUAGAAACUCAGAUAACCAACGUGGAUGGGGAAUAUAUGAAAUUCACAACACUAGUUACAAAACAUGGAGAGGAAUGGCACAAAGAAAUUGACAAUGUCAUCAACAAAAUGAAAAAUGAUAUAGAAGAGAUGAAAACCAAACACCUGGAAGUUCUGAAGAAGCAUUUGGAUGAAAUUAAGCAGAUACAGUCCCUUAUUGAGCAAUCACUGAUUACUCUGAAGGAAAUGGAGGAAUCCAAUGAAGUGUCUGUGACCAUGGAAUACAGAUCCCAAAACAAAGAAUUCAGAAAACUUCCUCCCAAAGUCCGAGUCUCACUGCCUACAUUUAGUCCAAACACGAUAGACAGUGAACAGCUUUACAAGUCACUGGGAUCUUUGAUACCAUUAUCAAUUACGAAAAAUGAAAAUGGCUACACACUGAAGAAAACGGAAACCUCACCCAAAGAACUCAUGGAUGAACCAGAGCUUGUCACUACAAUAAAUACUGGGUAUGAAAAACUCCGCAGUGUUACCUUUCUGAGUGAAGAAGAAUUCUGGACAAGUGCAAAAGUCAGUGAUAUGAAGUGCUUUAAUGUUCAAGGUACAGUUAUCAAUACAAUCAAAACAAAAUCAGGAGAAUGGCCACGUGAUAUAGCAGUGACAAAUGAUGGGGAUCUAGUGUACUCUGAUGUGACAACAAAGACUGUGAACAAAGUGAAGAGUGGACAGACAGAGGAGAUGAUCAAACAACAGGGCUGGAAACCCAGCCAACUCUGUGUCACCUCCUCUGGUGAUCUCCUAGUUACCAUGUACAGUGAUGAUAAAACACAAUCCAAAGUUGUCCGUUACUCGGGUUCCACAGAGAAACAAACAAUCCAGUAUGAUGAUGAGGGUAAGCCUCUAUAUUCAGGAAAAGCUACAAUUAAAUACAUCAGUGAGAACAGAAACCUGGAUAUCUGUGUGGCUGACUUAAGAGCUGGUGCAGUAGUAGUGGUCAAUCAGGCUGGAAAACUUCGAUUUAGAUACAUUGGUCAUUCUUCUGCUGCCAAAAAUGAAGCAUUCAAACCCCGUGGAAUCACAACAGACAGUCAGAGUCAGAUCCUGACAGCAGACCGUGAUAACCACUGUAUCCACAUCCUAGACCAGCAUGGACAGUUCCUUCGCUAUGUAGAUAACUGUGAUCUGAAAGACCCAUUUGGUUUAUGUGUGGACAAAAGUGACAACUUGUUUGUUGCUGAGAUUAGUCGGGGAAAUAUCAAGAAAAUCAAAUAUCUACAAUGAAUACUAUUUUUUAUGGCGACACUAGACACAAUGUUCAAACUUCAAAGUAUGGAGCUAAAUCUACUUUUAAAAAUUGCAUGAAAUAAUAUAGAUAAUGCAAGAUAUGCUUUAGGCUAUCUACUCCGCUUAACUUCCUCUCACUCGGUACAUUUUGUCUGUACUACAUGUAUCUUGUGUUUGCAACAUAGAAAUAUAAAAUGUUUGAACUUGA